AUGGAAAGAGAAAGCAGCGACAGCCAUGCAUGUAUAGAUAGAACAGGCGCCUGCAUAGAGGUGCUUUUGGGGCUUAUAUCGCAUUCCAGUAUGGCCUUGAAGGAAGAGGCUGUGCAGAUUGAAGAAUCUAUAAUAUCUCUGUAUGGGGCGCAGGAGGUCGUGGACGAGGAAGGCUACGGCACAAAAGACAUUCUGGACCGGAUCCAAAGCGAAAUAAAAAAGCUGGAAGAGUACCGGAGAGAGUUUUCGAACAGAGCUCCAAAUGCGCAGCCCAGAAGCUCCAGAGAGCAGGAAAAGGCCCGAGAGGAGGAGGAAAGAAUCAACGCAAUUCGGGUGCAGGUAGUAAAGGACAUGAACCGGGUGUUCACCGAAAUAAUCCAGUACAUCGAGCGCGCGACAAAGAUGAAGGCAGGCAGCCUUUUUGACGCAGACAGAGCAGAGAGAAUCCGCAGCCUGCUGUCGGACCGGACGCUGCAGCAUUUAGAGUCCAUACAGAAGUUCCGGUACGUGGAGAAGAUCGAGAGUUUUGGGCCCAUGGAGGACGUGGCCAUUUGGACGCACAGGAGGGUUACUGCGCCAUACACUCUUUUCAUGCAGUUCGCGUGUGUUUGCGUUCCCGGAGUGCUGAUGCUGUUUGGCACGCAGCUCGGGAUGCUGCACAUAAAGGAGAUAUGCAGAAGGUGUGCGCUGCCCAAGGGCAUCGGCAUCGUGCUGGCUAUCCCCGCGGCUCUCCUAAACUGGCUGUUUAUACUGGGAGGCACCAUCGUAACAAACCACGAAUAUGCCAUAGCUUUCCCGCGGAUGCGUGUUUGUCUGUUGCUGGAGUGGGAGCUUUGUAUUUUCCUGCUGUCCAUGAUAGGGAUCUAUAAGAUACUGGGGGUGUUCAUAGGGCAAUCCCCCGCAACAUACAAGAGCCUCUACAUUGUUAUGCUCACACACGCAUGCCUAAGCAUAGCCCUUCUUGUGUGCGGGUUCAUCUGCGGGCACAGCUUCUUCAUAAAUGCAUGCACAGGCAUAGGGAGGCUUCUGAUGUGGGCAUUCAUGUAUGCAGGCUCGUUGCACUUUUUCCUCUUCACGCACACGUGCAUGCUGGCAAGCUCCCUUUGCAAUGGAAAAGUGUCUCUGUCUUUCAUUUCAAAAGUUCUAAGAAGUCUGAAGGACAUCAAAACAUGGCUGUACUAG